AAUUAAAAAGAAAGAGUAAAACCCUAAUUCUCGUUUCUCUUUUAUCAUCUCCUAACUCCCACCUUCACCCGUCUCGCCGCCUCUGGAAACUCACAGAGCUACUCGACUGUAAAAGCUAGCUCUGUUCUACAUACACUAGUUUUGGUAAUGGAGCAUAAACUAGCCACUGCUGAGAAGAAGGUGCUGGUAGAGCUGGUGAAGCUAGUGCAGAAGAGAGGUUUAGAAGGAGAGAAGGGAGGAUGGAAGGAUUUUCUAAACUCUUACGACAAGAAAUUGGGAUCGAGUAUCAGCGAUCCUUCGCGACGCUCCCAUGAUGUAUUGGUCGCUUUUCUUAUGAGUUUUGACAAGGAAGGAGAUAGGCAGCUAUUGGCUAGGAUUCUUCAGUGUGAUGCUAACCGUAAUCUGAUUGAGAAAUUCAAGCAGGAGUCCCCUGAUAAAGAGACUCCUGAGCAGAGGCUAGUUCGAAUGACUAUUACUCAUCCUAGGUACCCUAUCCACUAUGCUUUCCCUUCCCACGCCCAGGAUUGGUUUGUAACUAACUCUGGCAAGAAGCAGUCAAAAGUGAUCAAGUCAACCAGAAUGCUUGCUAUUGAUUGUGAGAUGGUUACCUGUAAAGGUGGCAGUGAGGCUGUUGUUAGGGUUGCCGCUGUGGACCGUGAUUUAAAGGUGGUUCUUGACAAGUUUGUGAAACCGAGCCUACCGGUUAUUGACUAUAAGACGGAAAUUACUGGAGUUACUGCUGAGGAUCUUGAGAAAGCCACUCUGUCUGUUGCUGAUAUUCAGAAAAAACUGCGGAGGUUUCUUUCUAAGGGAACUAUUUUAGUUGGUCACGGUUUGCACAAUGAUCUUCAAGUGUUGAAGGUUGAUCAUGCGAGAGUAAUCGAUACCUCUCUUGUCUUCAAUUAUACCGGUGCCUACAGUUCUCGAACACCUUCUUUGUUAAAUCUAUGCAAGUCUGUUUUGGAUGAGGAGCUGCGAAUGGAGGGUGCUGCUCACAAUUGCGUUCACGACGCUGCCGCUGCUAUGAAGCUUGUGCUUGCUGUUGUGGAGAAAGGAGCAGAGACCUCGUUCCCACCAACUGAAAAAAUGUUGGAGGUUGAGAAGACAAUGCAGGAGGCGAAGAAGGCAAGUCUCUAUCUUCAUAGGAUCCCUCAUAGUGUUCCUUCUGAAGAGUUAAAUGGAGUUAUUACGGGAGAUUUCAAAGUCGAGGUUAAGCCACCAAAGAAUCUAGGACCUUAUUAUAGCGCAGAAGUUGUUUUUAGUAGUCAAGAGGAAGCAAAUCAAGCAUUUGAUAACGUUGAUGGAGAUAUAGUUGAGGAAAAAAUGGGUUUGUCACAAAAAAUGGUUGAGUUUAAGAUGAUGAGUUCUGGAUCAGUAUCUAGACUAUACAUUCGUAAAAAUGUUCAAGACAGUGAAGUCUCUGCCAAGAAGAGAAGUAACACAGAGGAGAUCAAAGUGAGUUCUAAGAGACAGAAGAGGGAGAAUGAUGCUGAGGAGAUAAGAGAAGAGAGUGUAAACCAUUGCAGCAGCCGAGAGAGCAAAUGUGAAAAUCAUAUAAAGGAAAUUGAAGAACUGAAGGAGAAUCAUAGAAAGGAAAUUGAAGAACUGAAGGAGAAUCACAUAAAGGAAACUGAAGAACUGAAGGAGAAGCUCAAAGCUAAGGAACGUGAGUUUGAGCGCAUAUGUGAAAAUCAUUUAACUGAAGAACUGAAGGAGAAGCUCAAAGCUAAGGAUCGUGAGGUUGAGGCUCAGGAUAAGAUGAUAAGUAACCUCAAAAAGAAACUGAAGAAAAAGUAAAAGACUUACCGUUUAAUCAUCAUCCGUAUCAGAUACUAUUUUAUUCCAAAUUUUUAUUUUUAUCAGUUGAGAAACUCGACAGAUUUUGUAUUGUAUUCGAUGAAACCAGUGCACACCAAACUAUUUAUUUUGAUAUCUUAAGGUGAAGAAAGAAUAUGAAGUGAAAACUCAGCCUAUUCGUUUUAAA